AGUUCCAUCGUAGAAUAUGAGCGAAAUGGGGAAGAGAUCAGAAGAUGAACUUGGGGAGAAGUGGGAUCGUUGUAUAGCGGAUGUGCUACUUAAAAUGGGUACAGGAAUAGGUGUUGGUGCCAUAUUUUCUCUUGCACUAUUUAAAAGAAGGUGGUGGCCAGUGACCUUCGGCUGGGGCACGGGGUUCGGAAUGGCCCUGUCCAACUGCCAACACGAUCUGAACGAAUCGUAUUUGUACAGGAUCCAGAAAAUCAAAGAGAAACAAAAGUCCAUAGAAGAGGCUUCGCCCUCAUAGAUCGAUUUCUCUUCCGAAUAAUGAGAUUUGUAAUUAGGUCGCAGUUUACAGCGGUAGAAUUUGUAAAUUGAUUCAAUAAAUCAUUCAUUUAUUA